GGUUUCGAACGGGCGCCAAGGGGAUGCGCAAACCAUCGUGGUGUUGACCGAGGAAGACUGCUUUUGACGGCGGUCUGCGUGCCUCGGUUAUAUUUACAGGUUUCAAGAUGGAGCAUAGGGUGCGGUGCUUCUUCGACAUAGAAGUUGAUGGCAUUCCAUCUGGCCGAGUCAUCUUUGAGCUCUUCAGUGAAGAAUGUCCUAAGACAUGUGAAAAUUUUCGAGCCCUUUGUACGGGUGAGAUGGGAUUGGGUAAGACCACCAACAAACCACUUCAUUAUCGAGGGGUAAAGUUUCACAGAGUGAUUAAGGACUUCAUGAUCCAGGCUGGAGACUUCUCAGCUGGAAAUGGCACAGGUGGCGAGUCUAUAUAUGGUGGACAUUUUGAAGAUGAAAGCUUUAAACUGCAGCAUGAUAUACCGUUUCUACUGUCCAUGGCUAACCGUGGGAAAGACACAAAUGGUUCACAGUUUUUCGUAACAACUCAACCCUCUUCGCAUCUUGAUGGGAAGCACGUCGUGUUCGGUCGAGUGGUGAGUGGAGAGGAGGUGGUGACUGCCAUAGAGAACCUUCCCGUGGACAACCGCAGCCGGCCGCUCCAGCCUGCGGUGAUAGCAAACUGUGGAGAGUUGAUUCUCCAGCGAUCAAGCAAAGUAAAAGAAAAGAAAAGGAAGAAAAAGAAGGAGUCAUCCUCAUCCUCAUCAGACUCAGAUUCUGAUGAAAAAAAGAAAAAGAAGAAGAAGAAAGAAAAGAAACAGAAGAAACAUAAGAAAGCAGAAAGCUCUGAUGAAGAAGGUGAAGUGAAGGAAGAUGAUAUUAAUGAGGAAGGUGAUUCCAGCAAGUUACGCACCCAUCCAUUAGUGUCUGUCUCUGUCAUUAACCCUGAUGAAAUCCCAGAUGUCCCAAAAAACAGAUUUUUAUAUCGUGCUGGGCCAGAGAAAGAUGAGGAAGGCCGUAUGGAGAGAGGCAGAGACAGGACAAGGGCUGCAGUUCGAGCUUACACAAAGAGUGGGCGCAAGGUUAAAGGGCGAGGGUCAUUGCGUUAUCGCACACCUUCACGAUCAAGGAGUCGUUCUCGGAGUGUUACACCACCUCACUGGCGUCAGGCACAGCGGCGCACCAUCUCCUAUGAACAACUGCAGAAGAGGAAGGAAGACAAAAUAAGAAGAGAAGAGGACCGUCAAGUACGGCAGCAGGAAAGGGAACAGGAAAUUGAGGAGAGGAGGCGGAGGCGGGAGGAACGCCACCGAGAGAAUGAGGGCCAUGAUGGCAGGAAUCCAGAUAUGGGGAAUCGCCCUGACACUUUUGGCCGGGAUUUUGGAAGAGGAAACUGGCGAGAGAACCGUGACAAAAUGAGGAGAGGUUUCCGUGAUGGAAGAAAUCCUCAAGGUUGGCGCAAUGGGAGGGAGAGGACAAGAGGAGAACAGGACUGGCGUGAAGCGAGAGAAAGAACUCGCACAGAAGAUGACUGGCGUGAAGGAAGGAAUCGUGACCAGAGAGGAGACCGUGGAGAUGAUUAUGGUCAUAGAGGGGAUCUGCGUGAGAAGAUACGAAACCAGCGUGAUAGAUUUGUUCCAGGCCAUGGGGAUUCUGGUGAAAACAACCAGUCUCAGAAAAGAGAAGAGCAGUCUGAUGAAGAGACAGGGUCAAAAUCACAGAGAGAAGACAAGGAGAAACAAAGAAGCAAGGACAAACAAGACGACUUGGAUGAAACUGCCUUGGAUUAUGAAGCUAUGGAUAACGAUGAUGAUGAUGACGAUGAUGAAGGAGAACCAGCCAAGAAAAGCAAUGGCACAGUGAAUGAAGAAGAACCCAAAAGCCAUGACCAAUCUCCUGUUGCAAAUGAAGAUGCAGCAGCUGAGAAAGAAGAAGAAAAAAACACAGUAAAGGAGCAGAAGAAGGAUGAAGCAAGUGACCGUAAGAAGGGGAGCAGGGAUCGCAGUGGCAGGGCUCACUCUCAUGAGCGAAGGGGCAGGGACCGCUCUAGGUCACGUGACAGAAGGCAGGACAGGUUCCGCAGCAGGAGGGACCGCUCCAGGGAGAGGCAGAACAGGCCCCGUGACAGACGGGGACGUUCAAGGGAUAGGAACAGCCGCCGUGACCGGUCAAGGGAUAGGUCGCGCAAUAGGUCAAGGGACAAGUCACGAGACAGAUCCCGAGACAGGUCAAGAGAUAGGUCAAGAGAUAGGUCAAGAGACAGGUCAAGAGACAGGUCAAAGGACAGGUCACGAGAUAAGAGAGACAGGUCCCGCAGUAGAGAUAAGACCAAUGAGAGAAGGAGAAAGUACUCAUCAGGAAGUGACAGCAGUGAUAGUGACUGAUGUAUUGGCAGGAGAUGGAAAGAAAGAAAUCAGUCCUAGGAGAACACACUUUUCACUUUGCUUGUAACAUUAUGUUCAAUUGAAUUUUGAAAAUAUCUUGGAUUACAAAGUUGAUAUAAUGUUUAUUUUUUUCAGUGUUAAGAAUUUCCAUUGAUCUGUGGAAUAUGGUAACUGUGAUUGAAUGAUUUGGUAAUGUUGGAUUAGAUGUUACAUGUUGCAACUGAAAUACAGGUGAUUACCACUGAAAUUAGAAUGAAUGUUUACCCAGUCAGAGAUUUCUUCAGCAUAGAAAGCACAAUUUGAUAUAAUGGACGAUGCUUACAGAACCCACAAACACAUGAGCAAGAGUACACAAUCAGAUAUGCACUGCUCACAAAAGAAGCAAGACUAUAUAUAAAGGUGGAGUGUGUGAACAUGGCACUGGUGACAUUUUUUCAUAGCUGUUAGAAAACAAGUAAAAAUCUUGCAAUGUUUUUUAUGGUAAUAAUUAUUAUUGUGAUAAUUUCUGUCCUAAAACUCAUCAUUUUUUAUCAUAUAACAGUUUUUUAAAUUUUUUUACUACAGUAUUAUCACAAUUACUUUUUUACUGUUGUGACGGAUGUUUGUGCUUUAUUUUUUUCUGCAUUUUUGAAGAUGUACAAGUGGCUUAAUUUUUUUGUAUUGUAUGAGAUAUAGAAAGAAUAAAGAAAACAUUACAUAAAAUUAUUAAAAUCACAAUUUAGUCAGAUGCUGUAAUGGCAUCAGAAAACCAACUAUAAGUGGAAUUGUGGGGAGUCAGGAAAGUUUUAAUAAGGCUAAAUAUUCAGGAAUAAAAAGGUGACAUGUCCCUAAAUUUUGGGAUCAAAGUUUUGAUAAUAGGAAAAUGAUCAUAUUUUAAGGUAGUUUCUUUGAGAAAUAUGAAUUCUUUGAUAUCAAGCUGGCCAAACAUAGUUUUGUAGUAGUAGAUCUACCAAAUUAUUUGUGGCCAAGUAUCCACAUAUGUAUCACAUAAGGUCAAGUAGUGUACUUUCAUUUAUUUUUUUUUUAGACCUUGGGAGAUAAUUGUGAGUAUUCUUUCUCAAACCUUAGCAGAAAAUUAAGUUUCUGUGCUAUUAAUAUUGACAGACUCCUGAUAUAAAAUAUUAAUCCCUGAAAAAUAAAAGUGAACAAUAA